GCAUAGCACAGCUAUUGAGGCAGUACAGCCAGUGUGUGAGUGAGAGAGUCAGUCUGCUCUGAGCUCUCAGGCUGUGCACAGCCUGCUCCCAACACUGACGAUCACUCACACCAAGGACACUGGCACAUGCUGGCACCCACACUGCUGCACACAUUGGCAAUGAUCUGGCUGCUAUCUCCAGUUCCUUAGAUCACCAGAAGAUUCAGAGAAAGGAUUAUCCAGUAUUUUUAUUUUUUUUCACUUGUGGGAUUUAUAUUUAUCUUUUGAGCAAGAAUGAGAACAGCGGAGGAUUCGUCUGGAACGGUCCUGCACCGUCUUAUUCAGGAGCAACUGAGAUAUGGGAAUCUGAGUGAGAAUCGCACAUUGUUGGCCAUCCAACAGCAGGCUUUGAGGGGUGGUGGGGUCAAUGGAAGCCCAAGGUCAUCCCUUGAAAGCCUUGAACAAGAGGAGAUGCAGGGGAGCCCUUCAACAAGGCAGGAACCUCAGGGGCAGGAGCAUCAUUGUGACCAUUUCUACUUGGAGAACCCUAUGUACAAAGCUUAUGAGUUCCAACAUAAAGGUGAGGAGCUCCCAACCUACGAAGAAGCCAAAGCGGCCCUUUCUCAAUAUUAUGCAGUUCAAAAUGUCCAGAAAGUUGAACCUGUUCCUCAGAGGCAAGACCAGACCCUUAUGGAGCUGAAACAUGGCCAUGUACGAUCUCUAAGUGAAAGGUUACUGCAGAUGUCUCUUGAACGCAAUGGCGCCAAGUCACAGAAUCUCAUGAGCUCUUCGCACAGCUUCCCUCAACUUACUAAACAGUACCAGCUGUCAGUUGCUCGUGGACAACAAGAUGGAGGAGUACAGUACAGAAAUGCCCCACCUGAAUACCCAGCUUAUAGCCAACAUGACCAGAUCAGCGGCUAUGCUCCCGAACAAAGAAGAUAUUCUGGAGAGCUCCCAUUGUACCAUCAGCCUGAUGUCAGGAUGAUGCAGGAUCCUAACAUGCAAUAUGGCCAAAUGGUGUCCUUUAAUGCAGCGGGGAAUCACAUGGCUCGAAUGGACGCUCUGCUACGAGAGAAUGAAAAGUUGCGCAGGGAACUUGAGACUUACAGCGAAAAAGCUGUCAGAAUCCAAAAGCUGGAGACAGAAAUUCAGCGAAUCUCUGAAGCCUAUGAUAGCCUCAUGAAAGGGUCCUCAAAGAGGGAGUCACUAGAGACCGCCAUGAGGACCAAGAUGGAAGGAGAGAUGAGACGCAUGCAAGACUUUAACCGCGACCUAAGAGAACGAUUGGAAUCGGCAAACAAACAGCUGGCAGCCAGAAGCUUGGAGAGCCGAGAGGACAACCAUGGAGCUGUAUCCAAGCUGCUUGCUCAGUGUCGUGAACAGCAGCAAGACAAAGAGAAGCUGGAGAGGGAGAUCAUCCUACUGCGUAGUGCGAAUGAGGACCAGCGGAGGAGAGCCGAGCUAUUGGAGAAAGCUCUUAGUAAUGCCCAGUCCACAGCGGCUCGUACAGAAGAUGAGCUCCGCAAGAAGAGGGCAUAUGUGGAAAAGGUGGAGAGACUACAACAAGCUUUGAGCCAACUCCAAGCUGCCUGCGAAAAGAGAGAACAGCUAGAACUGCGUCUGAGAACAAGGCUGGAGCAAGAGUUGAAAAACUUAAGGGCUCAGCAGAGACAACCAUUGUUGCAGAGCAGCGGUCAGUCACCUGAGCUUUCUGUCCAAGUACUGUCUGAGCAGCUGAGAGAAAAAGAAGAACGGAUAUUAGCCCUGGAGGCUGACAUGACCAAGUGGGAGCAAAAAUACUUGGAAGAACGCACCAUGCGCCAAUUUGCAAUGGAUGCUGCCGCUACUGCUGCCGCCCAGCGAGAUACCACCAUCAUCAAUCACUCACCUCGCCACUCGCCAAACAAUAGCUUCAAUGAGGAUCUCCUGAUGGUCAGCCACAGGCACCAAGAAAUGGAAAACAGAAUUAAAGCUCUACAUGCCCAGAUACUAGAGAAAGAUGCAGUCAUUAAGGUCUUGCAGCAACGCAAACCCUAUCAGAGCCCAUUACGACCGGCUAAAUCUGUGCCCUCUAUCUUCACUCUAUCUGUAUCAACUCCAAACUCAUCGGCUGGAGAGCGACAAGUCAACAUGCCACAGAAAACAACAGGCAGCCAAUCAAACUGUUCCCCACCUGCCAAUGCUAGCAUCUUACCUGUGCACUCGAAACAUGGCAGCAAAGAUGGCAGCACCCAGACGGACUGUUCAACCGAGCUACCAGCUGUCACAGACUCCCUUCUGGGCAAUAUCGCAGCUUCAUUAGAAACCGUGUCUACUGCAAAAAGCUCCAACAUUUCUGAAAUGGUAGAAAUCCUCAUCUGAGCUUCCUACGUUGAAAUGUUGAGAAAGUCUUACACGACCAGGAAAACCAUAGCUGGUCGAUCAGCUGUAGUCUACACGGAAUGAAUGCCACGUUCAGCCUGUAACUACGAGGCCGUCUUACUACCAGAACAAGGUGUGUGCAGCUUGGAAGCUCCGACCUAAAAUGUAGAUGGACUUGAAUGUUGCGUGAGCACCGGCUGCUAGGAAGAAAAGAAGAAUCGAGAAAGACCUCCUAAGAUUUUCACCCAUCUGAAGUUGAAGACAGAAUGCAACUUCAUUUUAAUGUGAUACAGUGUCUGAUCUUUUGGAACUACAACUCAGCCACCAGGCUUUGAUACACGGAGCGGGAGAUGAAUAAAGUCUACUUUUGGCUUUGGAAAGCCAAGGGCCAAUCCCUGUUGCUGCUAGAAAUACCUACAUAAAUGUAGGGGUUUGAAGUGGUUUAAAAUUGUCGGACUCUCGUCCCGAACAUUUGUCAUGUAAAUACUUGUUUAUAUGUGUUUAUUUUUAUAAGUCCUUCUUCUGUUGAUUCCCCAUGUAUUUAUACAUCUAUGUUUCUGUCUUGUUCUGACACCUUCCAUGGUGUACUAUUGUUUCACCAUGAUACAUGGGUCAAUACUUGAGCUGAUGCUCAUAGGUUGAUACUUAGAAAAAAAAAGCUCACACUAGUACAAGCCAAAUACUAUUCCUUGUACAUCUCCACUAGAUCCUAUAUUGUAUUUAUUUUAUAUCUAAAAAAAAAAAACCUUCCCUGCUCCGACCCUUUUCUCUCUUCUGGCUACUGUUGCUGGUCAACGGUGACCAUUUUUAAUUUCUGUUCUUGUACAUUGUUUACAAAAUUAGAUCAGAAGAAAAUUGCAUAAUGCAAUUUACUAAAGAUUUUCUUCUAGAAAUAGUCCCUCCCUUUCCUUUUCCACAUCAGAAUGGGUUACAAAUGUAAUAUAUUUUUUGUAUUGGUAUUUCUGCCUAUCUGCGCUGUGAAAGUCUGUUUUAUUCCAAAGAUGUAUGAAUCUGAUAUAUAUUUUUUGUGAGUUUACUUAAGUUAUCGAAAGUAUUUAAAGAUGUAAGCGUGGCUGUUGUUUCUUAAUAUUAUUCGCUUAAUGUAUGCUGCCUGGAUGCCGUCUGGUUCUGCUGUUGCAGACCGGAAUUUUGUUAUUUUAAAUAUGAAAUU